AUGGCCACCACCACCACCACCACCACCACCACCACCACCACCACCACCACCACCACCACCACCACCACCACCACCACCACAACCAUCACCACCAUUCUCAAAGUCUCACCGCCACUGUCCCACUUGGUGUUCAACAAGUAUCAACCAAAGUUCUGGGCUCGCUAUGUCGAUGGCACCUUCGUCGUCAAAACAACUGACAUUGAGCACCUAAAGGAACUACUGAAGUCGGUUGACCCGGAUAUCCAAUUUACGAUGGAAUCAGAAACAAACAAUCAACUGCCCUUCCUUGACGGGCUUGCGCGCCGGUGUACAACUGGAAAACUGCGAACCGCAGUAUUCCGGAAAUCUAUCGACACGAGACAGAUCCUACAUUUCAACAGCACCAUCUUCUGUCUCACAAACGUAGCUGUGUCCGCACUCUAUUCAAAAGAGUCCAAGCGCACUGCAUCACGCCAGAAGAUACAACAGCCGAACGAUUGCACCUUCAAAACCCAUUUGCAGUCAAUGGUUAUCCCAGACGAGAGAAGCAGACGUCGUGCGCACAGACGAGGGUCGAAUGAGUAG